AUGAACUGUCUUGAACAAUACCUCGCAGUCGUCGGACUGUCCGCCAUUAUUUUGUUGGCUGCCUCGCUAUGGGCCUUUCAUCGCAUUCAAGCCGAGUCGGAGCUACUACCAGACAUUUCAACACGUAUUGACAGAAUUUUGAAAGAUACGCCAUUAAUUGAUGGCCAUAAUGAUUUACCUUACCUCCUUCGGAUCGAACUUCAGAAUAAGAUCAAUGGCGGCCGCUUCACAUUCCGGCAAGGUCUCGCCAGUCAUACUGAUCUCAAACGCCUGCGACAAGGCCGGGUCGGAGGGCAGUUCUGGUCUGUGUUCAUGGAAUGCCCCGACACGAAGAAUAUAGAUGAUCCGAGUCACAUCGUACGAGACACGCUUGAGCAAAUAGAUGUCGUUCGGCGCUUUAUAGAAGCAACUCCCGAGCUGAAGUUUUGUCUAACUGCUGCUUCUGCCUUGGGAACUUUUAAAGCGGGCAAAAUAGCAUCCAUGCUGGGUGCAGAAGGGUUACACCAAACCGGCUCCUCCAUCGCAGUUAUUCGCCAAUUGUGGGAUCUAGGAGUGCGUUAUAUCACUAUCACUCAUAACAGCGACAAUGCCUACGCGACUGCAGCUGCUACGGUGACCGCUCUGGGAACCGACUUCGAUGCGGGAUUGUCGUCAUUCGGGGCGUUGGCUAUCCAUGAGAUGAACCGGCUUGGUCUGAUGGUAGACUUAUCCCAUACGUCACAUCAAACCAUGAGGCAAGUAUUGGAUAUCACUCGAUCGCCGGUUAUGUUCAGUCAUAGUACAUGCUAUGCCUUAGCUAAAAAUUUUCGAAACGCCCCUGACGAUGUCAUCAAGCGGUUAAAGACAAACGGUGGGGUUUUGAUGGUGAUGUUUGUGAAAAGGUUCUUGAACGCAACUCACCCAGAAAGUGCUGAUGUCGAGACCGUGGUCGAUCAUAUCAUGCAUAUCGUCGAGCUAGCAGGUUGGGAUCAUGUCGGGAUUGGAGGUGAUUUUGAUGGGACAGUCACUUUAGCGAAUGGUAUUAGCUCAGUCGCGGAUUACCCUAGAUUAAUAGAGGCUGUGAUGCGAAGAGGAGCCACAGACAGGCAAAUCAGGAAAUUGAUUGGCAAAAAUAUCCUGAGAGUCUGGAGUCAGAACGAGCAAAAUGCAAAGAUAUUUGGGAGUGAGAAGCCAAUAGAAGAUGUCUGGGAAGGCCGUAGUUGGUUGAGAUGGAAUAAUCCUUUGCCGGAUAUGAUCCCAGGGAACCCGGAUCGGAUACAGGCGCAUGACUAUCCAUAG